AUGAGCAGGCCUGCUGGCUCUUCGGCUGAGGACUAUUUGAAGUCCUCGGGCGGCGUCCGCAGGGAGACGGCCUUACAGACACAUGCAGGAGUGCGCAUAUUAAGGGGAUUUACUCAGUUUCCCAGAUUUACUUACAAAGCAAAGGCCUCGUUUCCGCUUCAUGCGUAUAGAUUAACCCUCACGGUGGCCUGCUUGGCAGUUGUCUUCGUGGCGCUGCGUUGCUUCCACUUCGGAACACCUCGUUUUGGGGAGGGCCAUCCUACCAGAUGGCUUGCUGGUGGGGGAGACGAGCCAUGCCAAUCGGGGUGGGGAGCGCAGGAAGGUGAAGAAGCAGAGCUGAGCGGUCUGAGACACCCGCGUCGUUGGGUUGGGGAGCUGGGGAGUAGCGGCACUCCACCGUGUCACGUUCAGCAGGAACGCGUGUCAACGCUACGAAUAACGAAUGCAUUACCUGAUGCACAGACUAGAGAAGCUGGAGCGGACCGGAUCGCUGGAAGCAGUCGCCAUGAGGGAACGUACGGAGGUAAUAAUGAAUGGAGAGAGCAGCUGCUGUCUCAAUCUGUUCGACUGCAACUUGUAAAUUUGUUUAUGACUAUGGAGAAUGCCUCCCAUUGUUGCGCUUCUCUCCUGCCUGUGUUGAAGACUGAUCAAGCUCUGCGGCUUGCGUUUAAGGUGUUGCGUGUUUUUGCACUGGAGUUGGGAGCUCUUGCGAUUGUUCCCUCAUCCUUCCAACAUCUGCGCCUACGCGCAGGACAAGCUCUCAUUUCGUUGGCCUACGUAUCUCUCCACAAUGGCGGAAUUUGUAGCACUCAUGAGAGGGUGUGCCAAGAGCUCCACUCACUAGCAGGGCUGGUCGCAGGCAUCAGAGAGCCCUCCUUCAUGCAUUUACAGACGCCCACGAGACUCCUACACAUCAAACUAUCUGCGAUCGUGAAUGCAGGUGUCUUGGUAAUUGGCUUUUCCUUGAAUGUGCUGCUGGGACUCUCGCAGCACGCUAGCGGUUCAAGCCAAGGACUGCCACCGGCCUUGGUGGAACAGCAGCUCGCCGUUUUGGAUGCCUUGGCCGAGGCACACGGGAGCAUUAUUGUCAGGGAUACAGUUGUUCGACAUCAUAUCAGUACAUGGCAGCGGCACAGAAGGGUUUGGCUCCUCCUGAGUGAAGAGCAGUUCAGGCUGCGGCGAGCUCCACUGCCAUCUACCAGCAGCGCAAUGCAAACUAUCAUCGAUGCAGUGGAAGGCGCUGGCGGUCUUCUACCACCUCCGCCGAAGACUCUUGUAGGCUCCCCUGUAGUGAUGCCGGGCCCAUGGCAAGGAGGGUGGAGUACGCUGGAUUCACAAGAGAACAAUAGGGUUCCUUGCUCGUCUGACAGUUUAGGUGGGCCGCCAUUCGCUGCACUUUCAGUGUGGAAUCGCCAGCAACAAAUUCAGGUCGCUGGACAGAUGCACUCACAUCUACAAGACAUCCCAGCGUCUCAGAGCUCAGGACGCGUGGUACGAACAGCUGUGGGAUCGGCGAUGUGGAUGAGAGCCGACAGUCAGGCUCCUGCUGAGUCCCGUCCGAGGCAACCUCCGGUUUAUCAUCCACAGCGUGGCAUUCAUUGCCUGUUUGGUGCACCACCAGGACAGGCGGUCUCUCUGCAGCACUUCAGUGCAGGAUUUGCCCAUUUCGCUUCACCUAAUAUUCCUCAAGGACGCUCGAGUGCGAUGCUUUUUUCGCGAGAGGUUUCUAACCUCCCAUCCUACAGCGGGAGCAGGAGACAGGCCAGGGCUGCCUCCGGAGAACGGCUUCCAACCGCAUCUACUACAGAUGCUUUCGCAGUUCCCAUACCAGCUGAAUCUGCACAGGAGCGAUUUACACUGAUUGCUGAGCAAGCAAGUGCGCGUCCAGGGUUUGCGCCGUUGACGAACACAACAGGACAGGACAGGGGCAAGGUGCCUUGA